CUCCCAACUUCGUCUUUCUCUUAAGUUAUACUAUUUUGGAGCCUGGUGCUUCCUACAUUUAUUGCACGCCUUCCUACGUGCCUUGAUUAAUCGGUCGACAUAAUUGCAUUCAUUCUUUUGACGAACAUCGAAGAUGUACUUCUCUCCUCAAUACGUCCUGCUUGUAUGCCUGGCCAUUUCUGGCGCUUUGGAGACCGCAAUCGCGGCACCACUCGAUUCGCGUUCGAGGCCUAAUGGAGUUCAAUGGAGGAGCUCAGAACAGGAGGCGGAACCGCACCAACUCGACAGACGACUUUUUGGAUUCGGGAAGUCUGGAGGCAAAUCGCCGGGGAAGGUCGGUACCAAACCGCCCAAGACGCCCACCCGCGCUCCGCCCCAGACAACUGCCCGCGCUCCGCCUCAGACUUCCGCCGCGCCACCUCAGAAGGUUACAACAAGUAAGGCGGUCGUGGCGACUUCGGUCGCAGUCACGUCGAAAUCCGUCGCGGCAGUCAGCUCUGCUGUGGUUGCUUCCAGCAAGGUCUCGAGUGUGGUCGUGGCAAGCAGCUCGGUAGUAAGGACGUCCUCGUCCCUGGUCACCUCGGCCUCUCUGGCUUCGUCGACGUCCGUGAUAUCAUCAUCCGCUGCUGUCUCAAGCAGCUCCGCCAGCCUCGUCUCAUCAUCCUCCGUCUCCCUGUCGAGUGCAGCGAGCAUUACCUCCUCUGUCUCUGUGGCUUCGUCCUCGGCCAUCUCGAACCGGACCCUCACUUCCUCGGCUGCCAGCAUCACGUCGUCAGCCACCUUGAACGGAACCCUCACUUCCUCGGUGGCCAGUAUUACAUCCUCCGCGCUUUCUCUGAAUGCGACGUCCUCAGCCAUCGCGAACGGGACCCUCACCUCGUCCGUCGCGAGCAUCACGUCCUCCGCCCUCCCGGCGAACGCGACAUCAUCCCUGGCAUCCAACGCCACUAGCACGUCCAGUACUCUCGCAGCCGGCGCAGAACCCACCGUCAACCUCAAUGACCCUGCCUCCUGCGCGCUCAAGUCACCCGCAGGGAAGAACGCGACCGCCACGACGGCCGCCGCGUCCAAGACCACUGGCAAGGCAGGCAAGAAGGGCGUCCGCCGCCUGGUGUACGACGAUGCCUAUACCAACGCCAACGUUACGGCCCACCUGAGCGCCCGCGCGAUAUCGAUCGACCAGUUCCCCAACCGGCUGUUCGUCGGCUACCACGGGACGCAGUCCGAGAACGCGGAGGCCUUCCAGAACAAUGGUGUGAGCCCGCAAGAGCUGACGUCCGGCGCGAACGCGGAGCUGGGCUUGGGGCUGUACGUGGCGGACGACCUGGAGAAAGCCCGCGCUUUUGCCAACAACGCGCACAACAACGUCAACCAUGCCAGGGGGCUGUCAGUCGCUAAUGGUGACGGCAAGGCCGUGCUGGCCAAAGUCUGCAAAGUGUUCGCCAAGGACGCUACCACGUGGAUCAACACUCCCAAGUUCUGGUUCCCGGAGAAAGAGCCGGCCAGCGGCGCCGCGCUCAUCAAAGACGACAAGAACGACAUCGCGCGGCGCAACCUCUUCGAGCAGAACCGGCGCCUCUUCGCGCAGAAGAACGGGCUCCCCGCGGCCGCCGCGCGCUCGGGCGCCUUCGUCCGCUUCGCGCCGCUCGACGUCACGCGCAACAGCCCCGAGAACCAGUUCGCGAUCCCCGACACGCUGCAGAACCAGCUCGUCGUCAAGUGCUUCACCGUCGACCCCGCGGGCGAGCUGAAGAACUUCCAGGAGGACCCCGAGUUGACUAGCGACGGCACCUUCCCGCAGUUCAGCUACAGGAACAUGAUCGGCCCGUGGAGGAUCGUGCAGGGGUGUGCUUGAGUGUAGGCGUGGAGGUAGGGGCUAGGUGGACAUACACUCGAGAUUGAAGGUCAUGUAUUACUGAAGAAGGGAUGUAAAUGCGAAUCGCGGUUCGAAUUU